AUGCCGCCAACGAAAGCAACGAUGGAAAUCAUAAAGAAUUCCAAAAAAUUUAUAUUGACGAAUCGUUAUCCACCAGUUUCGACUUCUUCGGUGAAAGGUGGAAAACCUCUUAUAUCAAACACGAAGAAAGGGAUUUUAUCGACAGCCAUUUCCAGGAUGAAUCGAAAGAAAUACCGAGUUACUUUCGCUGAGAUGUGCAAACCUUCAACUUCUGCAGAUAAUAAUGCAUAUCAAAUUACAACUAGGAGCUCGAGGUUAGAGGACAAUCAAACAGAAUGGAGGAAUAACUCAAAUUCGAAUGAAGUACGAGAACUAUCGGAGCUUACUGAAAACCGUGCAUCCGACUCUCAUUCUCUCGAUAAUUCCACGAAAAAUUAUCUUAAAAUACUUCCCGUUACCGGUUUCUGUAAUAUGCCACUCCCACAGCAACACGAAAUGCCUUCGGAAGGAAUUUACAGGAUAUAUGCCAAUACUUCAUCAAAAACCACGUUUCUGACGCAAUCAUUAAGAUCAGAUGCAAGACUGAAUGAUGUGAAGGACGAGAAAAAUGCGCAGAAAAAAACAGGAAGAAUAUUUAGAAGGAGUUCGCCGUUCAAGUCAAAGGCUUAUCGUAGAAAUCGCAGGCGCAUUCAAUAUCAAGUGGAUUCCUAUCUACCUCUCUCUGAUAAAAGACGUAGUUCUACAUACGAAAGGGAUGAUAGAUCCAGAAGGCGAAGCGGCAGAGAUCAUCGUGAUGAACGUGCCUCGAAUAGAAGACGAUGCACAAUCGACGAAAGAAACAAUCCAAGUGAAAGUGAACGCAAAGAAGCUAGAAUUGAUGAGAAUUUAUCCGACGAUCAAAAGAAAUAUCAGAAGAAAGCAUGUGAUGAUCGCGAGAAAUCCCGAACACGGAGCUCAGUUCAAAUGUCUGCAGAGUCAGAAAUUCAAGAAAUCACAUAUAAUGUUCAAAAUGAUGAAGAGAACAAGGAGAAUUCUGAAGCCAGUUACGCUCAAUCGUUGAAUCAAUAUGGUGAUCAGACGCUGAAUCAGUAUGGAAUCACACUGUUAUCGAAUCAUAAUAACACGCGGAGAUCCUACUAUUAG